GUGACGUUUCGCGCUGUGCGGAAGUGGCGGUGGGGAAGAUGGCGGCGCCGCAGGAGCCGGGUAGCGACGCGGCCUUUGCGCGGCGCAUCGACCCGGCGCGGGAGCCGGGGCUCAGCCCCGAGCAGCGUCUUCUCAUGGCGGAGGUGGAGCGCGUCCAGCGCCGCCGCGCUCUGCAGCGGCGGCUCCGUGGCCGCAACGCGCUGCUGGCGCUCAGCAUCGGCGCGGUGGCGUUUGGCAUCUACGGUUACACCUUCUACUCGGUGUCGCAGGAGCGGUUCCUGGACGAGCUGGAGCAGGAGGCAGAGGCGGCGCGAGCGCGGGCACAAGCACGGGCCGAGAGCGCAGCGAGCUGAGCACGGACGGCCCAGCCCGGCCCAGCUCCGGUAAACCCCGUGAGUGAGCUGCAGGAUGGGCCUCGAGCACAGAGCAGCCGCCCUUGUGAGAGUCUGGGCCCGCACAGCGCUCAGUGUGGUCCUGAGAAAUGCACUGGGGGGGGCUCCCCUGCAGGCAGGGCUUCCUCCCCUGCAGGCAGUUGCCUUUCUGCUGAACACCCAGCAGGGUCUUUGCCAGGGACUUGCUGCUGGGAAGAGCAGGGGUGCCCCCAUGCCCAUCACUUUCCACAAUAAAUACCCUGCCUGGA